GCGUUGCCCCGCUGAAUGCCAACGCCAACCGCGGCAUCCGAAUUCCGGGGUUCGGAUCGAUUAACAUCUUCAAUUGACACUGCCGCUUUUCUCUACAGCUUCACAGUUCAGCUUGUGGUCGCAAUAAUAGUUCCCGACCGUCGCUAGCUAGACUCGAUAGGUACCUAUUCGGUCUGACGCAACACCCCGAGACCCCGAACCCGAGCUAGGUAUCGAACCAUCAAGCUACUUACCACCAACCUCACUCACCCUGCACCGCGCCGAACCACAACCACACGCGUCUCCCUCUUCGUCCUCCAAGCUCCUCUGAGCUCCAACAACUCGAUACUCGGAGCUGAGCCGCAAACACCAUCGAACUCGACUCCGCCAUCCAAUGCCCACACAAUGAAGUUCAACGUCACAUCUAAACCGGGCGGGGCUCCCAGCUUUCUGUCGAUACAGCAAUUGCUCCUGCUAGGCUUCGUCGCGCUAGCUACACCCGUCGCGGCAUCCAUCGGUGAUCGACUGCCUGAAUUCCAAGAGUGUAUAAGGGUCUGCGAACGCGAAAACUGCGGUCCGGACGCUGAACACCAAACGCCCAUUCCCCUCCACCGCCGUCUCCUCCUCUGGUCCUGCCCCUCCGAAUGCGACUACACCUGCCAACACCUCACCACCUCCUCGCGCCUCUCCCAAUCUCCUCCCCCCCUCCCGCACCCAGUCGUCCAAUACCACGGCAAAUGGCCCUUUAUCCGUUUUCUCGGGAUGCAAGAACCCCUCUCCGUUCUCUUCUCGCUCGGCAACUUCUGGGCUCACUACCAGGGUCUCUACACCAAAAUCCUCCCCAACAUCCCGCCCUCCUACCCCUUACGGAAAUGGUACAUCUUGCUCUCCUACGUCGGUAUGGCCUCGUGGUUCUUCAGCGCCGUUUUUCACACGAGGGAUUUCCCCGUUACCGAACAACUCGACUAUUUCGCUGCGGGCGCCAACGUUUUGUACGGACUUUAUUAUACGGUCGUGCGUAUCUUUAGGCUGGAUAAGAAGGACACGCCGCGCCGAGAGUCGCUUUUGCGGCUGUGGACGGCUUUGUGCAUUUUGAUGUAUGUGGCGCAUGUCACGUACCUGAAGAUGUGGGCGUGGGAUUACACGUAUAACAUGGCGGCCAACGUGGCGGUCGGGGCGAUCCAGAAUUUGCUGUGGAGUUGGUAUUCGUGGACCAGGUACCGGGAGCAGAAGAAGGGGUGGGCGGCGUGGCCGGGUAUUGUGGUGGCGUGGGUGUUGGUGGCCAUGAGUUUGGAACUGUUGGAUUUCCCGCCGCUUUGGGGGAGUGUGGAUGCGCAUAGUUUGUGGCAUGCGGGCACCAUUGUGCCGACGAUUAUCUGGUAUAAUUUCUUGGUUAAAGACGCGCAGGAUGACAUGGCGAGGAGCGAGAGGCUCAAAUCUUAGGAGGGUUUGAGAAGCUGACAGUGUACAGCAAGUUGGAGCGCUGACAGAAUGGAAUAGACAUUAUGUUUGUUUACGCUAUAUCCAGAGGAUUGAUACACGAAACGCUGACGAGAACGACGAUUUCAUGUUUUCACACCAAUACCCAAGACCAUAAAACUCCUUCCGGACCCCAAAUGCUUCCUUUCGCUUCACUGUUCUUGGUCUCAUUCUCGUCGUCCGGAGAAGCACUUCUGUUGACACCAAGCAAAUCGAGCAAGCGCAGCCUGACAUCGUACUCGUCUGGCUUCUCACCAUGUUUGUUCUCAUCCGCCUGACCUUCCUACUCAACAUCGUUUUCGUCGCCAGAAGCCGCCAAGUCGACAGCCUCAUCAUCCGAGUCGUCAUGAGGAGAAUCCUCAUCGGAAGGAUCAACAGGCCUGACACUAACAUCGACAUCCUUAUUUCCAUCGAGAGAACCCUCAACGUUUUCGUUAUCGACACCAACGUGUUCAACAAGAGUCGGCUUGUUCUCCGGACUAUUAGACCCAGAGAGGUGAUAUCUGUCUCCCUCGUCGUCGGCGUCUUCCGAGGGAGACUCUUCAUCUGGAAACAUCUCAUCAUCCGAAGACUGCUUGUCCUUGAAGAGUGUUGCGAUUUCCGGGCUAGACAUGCUGUCGCCUUCCGACCUGCUUUCCUCCUCUUGGCCGGGCUUUGGACUGAUGCUCUCCUUGUGCUCCAACAUGGUUGACUGCUCGGGGAUAGCGUCUUCCGACCGGGUUCCGUCCACCUCCCCAGACUCUGGGCUAUCUCUCUCGAUGUAUCGCAAGAUAGC